AUGGCUCUCAAACGUUUCCAUCACAGAUGUGAAUUUUUUACACAUGAAACUUUCACCGAGAUUUGUAAAUUGCUCAAGUACGCUUCAACAGGGGAUCAAAUCGCAACACUACGUACAGUGCUCAAAUCGAACAAAUUGACCGCAGAAUCAGCGCUGGCAUCGCUGAAAGACAAAUACGAAAGUGAGAAGGCGAUAACACACGAUUUGCUGGAGAGGUUACGAAGGGAGCUUAAAGCAUUCAAAGAGGAUGCGGCCACAUUCGCUUCUCAUCGUGCCAUGUUCACGGCCAGAUGUGAGGAACUUCAAGCUCAGGUGUGUUCAUUACCUCAACAAUACUUAAUUACAAUGUUCGUAUGA